ACCAAGAGACAGUAAAAUGAAUAAUCUAGAACCAAGAGACAGUUGGGUUUGUCCUUCGAAACCAGCUAAUGAACUUUCUGACAGGUCACCAAUCAAUCCAAAUACAGGUCUUGUUGAGCGAGAGGAGAUGGAAGAGCAUGCUUUGGUGGAGACUGAAGAAGAGACGGACUGGGUAGAGCAGUACAAAGAGAGGAGAAGGAAGUUUCUAGAUGGUGAUAAUGAUGGAAUGAAACAAUUUGAUGUUUGGGGAAGGAUUCAAAGAGAAUAUACUAACUUGCAAGAAGAGAACACAAUGCAAGAAAUGGGUUUUCCCUCACCGCCGCCACCUGUCUACUGGGAUGAGAAGAGCGGUGAAUACAAAGAGGAUAUAGAAAACAGGAGUGAGCAGGAAAUACAGUCCUGUGAUGACCAAUGGUCAAACUUUGAUCUAAGUGCUAACUCAAAGCCCAAAUAUGUGCCUUACCAGCACUACUCCAAACCAAAAGCCCACUCUACACAAACUAACCCUAAUGCGUACACCCCUGGUGCUGAAAACAAUUGCAGCUUCACUCCAGAACCUCAUAAAACCUCGAACUCACAUUCAAGCUUUGACCCUUGCCCUCCAGCAGCGUCGCUCUUUGCCUUGGCUGUAUUUCAGAAGGCUAAGCGUUCCAAACCAGGGCUGGAUCCCAACUGCUCCAGAAGACGGGAGCUGCCCAUGCUGACACAGUAAUUGAUGGUCAUUCUGAAUAUGGGAGUGUUCAUUUGGCUUAAAUGAGGAAGAGGUUUUCUUCAUCAGAAUGAAGAGCAGGACACACUCCUGAUGUUUAAACUCCUCAUUUAUCUUAUCAUAUGACUAUUUGAUUCUAUUCUAUGUUUCAAUCAUUAUGGAUAUUUUGGUUGGAUGAGGGAAAAACAGUUUGAACGCUUAAUCUGAAUUUUCCUGUUCUGUCAACUGAUUUUCACGUGUCCUGGCUUUCAGAAAGGGUGAUAUUUUCCAGCUUUUUAAUUGACUCUCACGAGAACAAUAUUACGCCGAGUAAACUUUGCCCCAAACAAAUACACUUGGAGGGGGAAUCAUGCAUGUAUUCA